AUGGGGUCUGAGGUCAACCUCCUCAGACCCAAAUUUCGCGCUCCAGUGCUUGCAUUCGUACGCAAGUCGUCUACUCAGUCCGCUGAUGUGGUUGAAAAGGAAACGCCCGGCCCUUCGCCGCCAGAGCUCACGGUGCGAAGAAUAUCGAGCAGGGGCAGAUCCUCUACUUUGCGCAGUGCUGCAAAGAGGAGGACGACCCCAAUGCCGGGGUCUUCGCCGCCGAAUGACGCUGUGCGAAGCUUGUCACCCGGGUGGCUCGCAUUGACGCGCAAAGCGAGGAUGUCACCGAAGCGUGGUACAAAACGAAGAACGGACAUAAUCCGUCUAACUAAUCGCACAACCCGAGGAUCACCAAGGCUCCAGUACAGAAGCUCAAAUACGCCCAGAAGCAGAUCAAAACAAGCUCUGUUGCCAGAACAGUCGUCCUCGACUGGUCUGGUCCCUGAUGAAGAACCAAUAUCGCAAGACCAGACGGAAGCCGGGGUACAGCGAACGCAACAGAGGUCAACUCAUGACUCCGACGACCUUGUAGGGGGCGGACCGGAGUUCGGUGUUACAGAGUCAUGGUUACCCGAAGGAUCCCAGGGUACGACUGCUGCAAAGGCCAUGACCCGCGAGUCACUCAAGUUCGGAAGGCGUGUAGAGUCACUCAAGACCCCAAGCCAUGUAGAUCGACUCCGUGUAGAUCGAGUCCGAAGAUGCUUACUGGCAGAAGGUGGCUCUAUCUUUGACGCAUGUCGCCAGACUGGUUGUCUUCCGAAUGAGGCGAUCAAGCUUGCAACUCGUUUCCUCGAGACAGAUCUCGAAUCUCUAUUAAUGCAGAGAAAGAAGAAGCACGCCUGGACCCAGGAAGAAGACUACGACCUGAAGCGAAUUCAGAAGGAUUUGAAUUGGUCAUCCACGCAAAUCGCUUUAUAUAUGCGUCGUGACAUAUCGCAAGUUGAACAGAAGAUACAAGAGCUCACCACCAUUGGGAAGCCUGAGAGUCCCGUAGCCGUUGAGGACACCGAUGAGCACACGGAGCAUGUGCAGCUUGCGUUGUUCCAAACUCGCCUACAGCUCAUCUGGGCCGCAUUGCUGGGAUCCGAUAUUGCACCUGAGUGGGCUCAGCUAUUGGCAACGAAACCAGAUGUCGAAUGGCUGUCCGAUAUCUCGGCCUCGAUACCGACUGCUGUCAAGAGGCUACUUGGUGCUAAGCAGGCCCCAACGUAUGCGCAACUGCAGCAUCUGCCACCGGUAAAUUCUGACAAGCCUGGGGUCUACGGAGUCCUCUUGUCCAAGCCCUGGGCAGACAGUACGCCCGACAACAAUAGAUUGCAUGUGGGCGUCGCUUUAAUAUCACUGAAUCGGCGGUUAAGAGAACACGCCAGGGGACGAAACUCAAGUCACUAUAGAUUCGCAGUACGGGAUGGCCUGAGUUGGCCUGGACAAUCGAUUUUACUGUCAGAGCAUUCGGGAGCGGUGCCGACAGAAGAGACUGGCUCUACUGCAGUCAGACAAACCCAGGGGCUUGUUGAGGCGAUAUUGGCAGUCUGGCUGGACUCCUACGUGCAAGGCCGGGCCCCUAUCGAGCGCAGAAAGCUCUUUUGGAUUACCUGCGCAGAGAAAGACUACAGAGGCGUCAAUUAUUCCCGGAUGCUGUCACGGCUCGAUAGCUUUAAUUUCGGCCUCGGCCUGCCACCGAGCACCCGACACGCAGCAGAAGAAGCCCCUCACGUCCAGACAGGAGCCAUAGACGGAAAUGCCCUGACGGGAGAUUCGGACAAAUUUGGACGCGAGAGAAUCAGUGCUGAACGUGCAGCGGAACUAGCACUCGCCGCGGUCUUCGCAUCCCAUCGAAAAGAGCUUGAGGCAAGAGAUAAGUCACAUCGCGCCGAGAUCAAUCAAUACCGUGAUGCCCUCGAGAAAACGAAGGCCGAGUUGCGAAAGAUGCGCCAGCUUCCUUCGCGAGACUUCCCAAAGCAGGACUCCUUGCAGCCUCAGUCAACGGAGUCUCUAUUAUGGGGGGUGCAGCCAGUUCCAGGAGAUGACAUGAAGGUCACAGACUACUUAGCGCUCCUACUUCGCAGCGAUACGGCCUCCAUUGCAUCAACUAAUGUCAAGUUGAGGAAUCACCGAAACUCGCCAUCAUCAGAUUCCCUUUCUCUGACGACCAUUGCUAGUCAUGUGAGUCUAUCGCGAAGCGGCUAUAAGCGUAGACUAUCACAGGCUCAGCCCAAUUGGUCUGGACUUUCGGAGCAACAAAUUGGAAAGUGGUUGCCAGGCAGGUAUAUAGAUGUCGCAGGAUGCUCCGCACCUCCUACACUUCACACCGAUACGGCCGGAAUUGCUCAUAGAUCAUCCCAAGUAAUUGGGGAAGUGUCUCCGAUGAGACAAUACAGUACCGAGGAUUCGAUACUCCUUUCCGGACUUGGGAGUCUGCGGCGAACGAUCCUAACCCAGGUCGCCACGCAAAGGAUUCUGACAGAACGGAUUGGGGUUUAUCCAGACCCUGACAAACGUCAAAGCCUCUCCAGCAACGCUUCACAGUAUAUGCAGACCAAACUACGAGUAGGUGCACCCCACGCAGACUUUCUUGGACUCGCCGAAACAAGUGUGCUGAGCUGUGCGCGCGUAAAUGCGCGGCUUGACUACAUGAACGAAUGGCUAAGACACCAUCUACUGGUUGGCAUGCGAGAUCCCACUUUUGAUAACGAGUUCGCUGUUGCCCGGAAAUUGGGUCUGGCCAUCGCAACCCUGGCCGAGAACAUUGAUCGAGACCAGACGCAGUUCGACUUAUUUGACCUGUUGUUGAGUGCCUGUCAAUCUCACAUCUUGGACAGAUCUGAUGCUUCUGACGCUUUACGCACUUAUGACAACGAGCAGCUGCAUACGUAUGCUACCUCGAUGUUCAACUGGAUCAGGUACCUUACUGCCCAGAUUGUACAGCUAGACCAGCGACUAUGGAGACUCUCGACUUCACGGGGAGACGCUGCAACAACAAAAUUAACUUGGCCGUUGACUACCAAUAAGCCACAUCAAAACAACGAAUCUGACAUCGUGCCCACCGUGAUCGACGUUGGAGAUCGCAUGCAAGACGAUUCUGUCUCUUCCAAGGCCAUGAUCGAGCCGCGAGAUUCAGACUUAGCUACGUCUGAAGUGUCUCUGCACGAAUCAUUGUCUGACUCCGCGGUCUUGCAUAAUGCCGAAGAUGCAGAACUUCUACAGCCUAUCGAACGCUUGUCGGAAGAUUUUCAUGAGGCCUCGGCGAACGCCAUUCUCCUGAGAGAGUUGCUCGAACCACCGUCGCUGAAGGGAAUUCAAGAUGGCAGCACAGACUCUGCGGUGCUCGCUUCCAUGGUGUACCGCCGUUCGAUGCUCAACGGCACAAUUAAUAAAGUCAACCGCCAUGUCGUCCUCUUUACAGCACGAGCAGCCUAUGUCACCGAGCUGCUGAAGCACUGUGCUGACAAGUCUGGGUACACCAAGUCCAUUGUUCAUCCGGAGCUUGCAGCCUUGCCGCACACCAUUAACGGGUUGUUGUCCAUGUUUAAGAGCCAAACGCGAAAACUUCGAAAAGUACGGGACGCGAUGAUCGCAAGGUCAUCGAGCGCCAUGGCUUCAGCUACUGACCUCGAACAUCUAGAAUGGAUGCAGCGAAUCGAGGACGUGGAGUGGACGAUCAUGAGCUUCAACACGGAACUGCAACGUUGGGCACGAAAAGUAGCAGACGUACGAGCAGCACUUCAUGCCCGGAUCCGGUCGUCCAUCUCGGACUCACCUACAAGGUUGGGGCGCCACAUAAGUGGCACGUCACCACGAGCUCGCCAGUCGAAGAUGGCUCUUCCUGCGGCUGACGACCACCCAUUGGCAGACCAUGAUGCUGAACAUAGCGGCGCGUCAUACCAUGUUCUAGCACCAGAGCCACGAAUCUGCCGCAAUUGCGGUUCCGAGUUCGCAAGCGGCAAUCGUUUGUACGAGCAUCUAGAGAUGUGUUGGAAAUCCGUCGAGUUCGCGGUUAAACGAGUCACGGUCUCUCCACCGGCACUCGCGCCGCAAGUCAAUGAGAACCGAGUGAACCCACAAUCUAUGAACUACACUGCACUGCCCUCGGGCCUCAACCAAGGUACAGAUUUUUCCCAGGCCGCCGUCUACCCUGCUCCUUCUCCAGAAGCCUGCGAUCCUGAUCUGCAGGGCAAAACCUCGGAGCAGGAGUUCGUUCUCACAGAAGAUCCCCAAGUACAUCGCCCACUACGUCAUGGCGUCUACCUGGAAAUAUGA